GAGAAAGAGAAACAGAGUCAUGCAGUGAAUAGAAUAGUAGGCCAUGCAAAAGAUUGCCGUUUCAGUGCCAUUUGUGGGAUUAUAAAUACCCUCUCUCUCUCUCUCCAACGCCUAUCUGUAUUCUUUCUCUUUUUUGCUUUCUUCUUGUUUGGAAACUCUGUUUUUUUGAGUUGAAAAGAAGGCCGGGUUUUCGGAGAGAUCGAGGAGGAGUUGGGUUUCUUCGGGGGGUUUGAUUGCAGAUUCUUGGUGGGUUUAGGGAGAGGUGAAAUGGGUCGGGGCAAGAUCGAGAUAAAGAAGAUUGAGAAUGCGAAUAGCAGGCAGGUUACGUUCUCGAAGAGGCGGGCGGGGUUGUUUAAGAAGGCCUAUGAACUGUCGGUUCUGUGCGAGGCUGAUGUCGCCGUCAUUAUUUUCUCUAAUACUGGAAAGGUCUUUGAUUUCUCUAGUUCAAGCAUGAAGAAGAUACUUACAAGAUACAAGAAGUGCUUGGAAUUGACACAGGGUCCUGCAGUGGAACAAAAACCAGAGAAGCAGCAACCCAAGGAGGUGGACGUCCUCAAAGAGGAGAUAGAAAAGCUCAAAUUAAAGCAGCUGCGAUUCUUGGGUAAAGACUUCACGGGCAUGAGCUUACAAGACUUGCGUGCGCUAGAACAACAACUAAAUGAAGGGCUGCUGUGCAUUAAGGAGAGGAAGGAGCAAUUAUUGAUGCAGCAACUAGCACAAUCUAGAGUUCAGGAACAACGGGCAGUGCUAGAAAACGAGACCUUACGCAAACAGGUUGAAGAACUUCGAACAUUGUUCCCAUCAACCAGUUAUGCAAGUCCACUUUGUAUCGAGUUCCAUUCAACAGUUAAAAAGAGCAACCCAGUCUCUAAGGCAGGUUCAAGAAGCCCUGAAACGGCAUGCAACGGUAGACUUGAAGAUGAAGACUCAGACACCACCCUGCACUUGGGGCCCCCAUCCGGGAUUAGUCGGAAAAGGAAGACGCCGGAUGGUGAAACUCAUUCAAGCACUUCCUAGACUCAAAUUCGCCGGCAGCGGUGAUCAGUUUUCUUGCUUUAUGCUCCCCCUCCCUGUGCUAUAGGACCAAGAAAGACUGAAUCAAGGAAUAGUUUGUUGAGACAUCUAAUGAGGCACAUUUCCCUUUCACCUUUAAUGACUGAUGAUACAAUGGAGGUUCAGAUUUCAUCAUCUUUGUUUAGCUUUUUUUCAUGAGAAGAUAUCCUAUAUACACUACACUACAGCCACUGUGUUCCGAUCCAGAUUGUACAUAGGUUUUUUCUUCUA